AUGUCCACGGGACAGACCACAAUUCCCACUUUCAAGCUUGUUCUUGUCGGUGAUGGUGGCACUGGCAAGACGACCUUCGUCAAGCGUCACUUGACGGGUGAAUUCGAGAAGAAGUACAUUGCUACUCUCGGUGUCGAGGUCCAUCCCUUGACCUUCUCGACAAACUUCGGAACCAUCUGCUUCAACGUCUGGGACACCGCUGGCCAGGAGAAGUUCGGCGGUCUUCGCGAUGGUUAUUACAUCCAGGGCCAGUGCGGUAUCAUCAUGUUCGAUGUCACCUCCCGCAUCACGUACAAGAAUGUGCCUAACUGGCACAGGGAUCUUGAGCGUGUCUGCGAGAACAUCCCCAUCGUUCUGUGCGGCAACAAGGUCGACGUGAAGGAGCGUAAAGUCAAGACCGGCGCCGUGACAUUCCACAGGAAGAAGAACCUGCAGUACUUCGAAAUUUCCGCCAAGUCGAACUACAACUUCGAAAAGCCGUUCCUGUGGCUCGCCAGGAAGCUCGUCGGCAACCCGGCGCUGGAGUUCGUCGCCGCCCCCGCUCUUGCACCCGCUGAGGUGCAGGUUGACGCCGCGCUCAUGGAGCAGUACAACCGCGAGUUGGCGGAGGCUGAAUCCGUCCCUCUUCCUGAAGAGGACGACGACCUUUAG